GCCAGAACUGCAACUAAAGUCUAAAACAACUCAACAUUUUUAUUUUAAGAUCUGAAAUGAAGUUAAGGAAUACAAUUUUUUUAGAUUAUAUUUGAAUCUAAUUGAGUUGUAUAUAAUGCUCAGAUUCUUCGCAAAGUUGCAACACCAAAUUUGAUUAGUUGAUGCAUAUUGGUAUUGUCCUACAUUUGGUUUUUUCUGUUUGCAAGAACAUUCAAAUACUUUCUGCCUGUUUGGCUGUUUCUAGUUGAUAGAGAAAAAUGGCUGAUGCAGCUGUUUCCUUUGCAAUUGAAAAGCUUAAUGUUUUUCUUACCCAAAGAGUCAACACAAGGAUAGGAGUGGAAGAUGGUGUAAGGUGGCUCAAAGAUGAGUUGGGUUACCUACAAUCUUCGGUGAGAGGUGCAGAAGCAAGACAAGAAAUGGAUCCCCCGAUCUGGCAAUGGAUGAAUAACGUCAAAGACGUUGCUAAUGAUGCUUUAAUUAUCCUGGAGAGGUUUAGUGCCCUCGAAGAAGAACAUGCAGUCCGGAAAGAAGGUUUGAUGGAUUGUUUGUGGAGCUCUGUGAGCUCUGUCUGCUUGUGCAGGAAGGAAGCCAGUUUAUAUGAUAUAGGCAAAGAGAUUGAGUUGCUCAAGGGAAGGGUUGUUGUGAUCAAGAGCAGGCGAGAUGAAUAUGGUAUUACCAACAUCUUAGCCACGCAGAUGGUGGAAAGGAGGAAAAGAACAUUGCUUAGAGCAACCUCCUUUGAAAACCAGGUGGAUGUGGUUGGUUUUGAGGAUGAUUUCAAGACUUUGUUGGAUGAACUUGUUAGUGAGGAUCUCUCGCUUAAACUGAUUUCCAUUCAUGGCAUGGGGGGUUUGGGCAAGACUACACUUGCUAGUAAAUUAUACCACUCUAGCAAAGUGAGCCAUUUUAAGAGUCGUGCUUGGGUCUGUGUCUCCCAGGAAUAUAACAUCAAAGAUGUUCUGAAGACGAUGAUAAAGUCUUUCGGGAGACAUGUACUGGGACAUGAACUGGAUUUUAUGAAGAUGGAUGAAAUUGACUUGCUGCAGCACCUGAGAAAGUUACUGGUAGAUUGUGAUGGUUACUUGGUCGUAAUUGAUGACAUAUGGGAUAUAGAGGCUUGGAUUAAGAUCAAAAAAGCUUUUCCUGACAAGCAGAACGGUAGUAGAGUCAUCAUAACCACGCGAAAUAAAAUAAUUGCUCAGAAAGUAGAUGACAGAUGUUUUGUCCAUCCACUCCGCUUUCUAAGGGAAGAUGAGAGCUGGCAAUUAUUCCUAAAGAGAGCAAAACCAACCCCGAACCUUGAGAAGUUAGGAAAGCAGAUGGUAUGUAAAUGUGGAGGGUUACCACUUGCAAUCAUGAUACUAAGUGGGCUAUUACUGCACAAGAAGAGCUAUGAGGAUUGGUCAUUGGUGAAGGACCAUCUUUGGAGAAAAUUGAAGGCUGAUUCUGUGGAGAUUCAAGAAAUACUAAGCUUGAGUUAUUAUGACUUGUCUUUCCAGCUGAGACGAUGUUUUCUAUACCUUGCAAGGUUUCCAGAAGACCAUACUUUUGAAGUUAACAAUUUAAAGUUGUUAUGGAUUGCAGAGGAAUUUAUAUCAGAAGCUGAUGAAGGAGAUGGAUUAGUUAUGGAGGAUGUGUCUGAGGACUAUUUAAAUGAGUUAAUUAAUCGCAAUAUGAUUCAGAUAGCAACAUUUCGUUGGGAUGGACAUGUUUGGGACUGCCGUAUCCAUGAUCUUGUGCGUGAUCUUGCCAUACAAAAGGCCUCAGAGGAGAAGUUGUUGCUAAUUUUUGACUCAAGUAAAGAUCAUUCAAGCCCCAUACACUUGUUGAAUGAACAACCACGUCAUGCCAUAUACAAUGGAAUUGGUAAGUACUUAAAAUUACAUGCAUCGAGUUCUAAUUAUUUGAAGUUGCGAUCAUUGGCAAUAACAAAUGAACCUGGGAGUUUUUUCAAAUUAGAAGAGUUGAAGUGUAUUUACACAAGAUUCAAAUAUCUAAAAACGCUAGAUUUGAGCUGUGUAAAAUCAGACAGGAUGCCAAAAGAAAUCGGGGAUUUGGUUCUCCUAAAGUUCUUGGGCUUAAUUAGUGGUCGCUUACCUGGUAAAUAUAUAGCAAUACCUCGAACAAUAGGUAAGCUGAAAAGGCUACAAACUUUAUGCGGUUCAGAUACAAGUAGGUACGCAUUUCCUAAGGAGAUACGUGAGCUGAAAGAGUUGAGGCAUCUAAACUGUGGUCAAAUUUAUGGAGGGAGAUUGUGUAUUGGAAGUCACCAAAUCCAGACUCUAAGUACUAUAGCAUAUGAUGACUGGAUCCAGAUUGAUAGUGUCAAUCUGACCAACCUGCGUAGAUUGUUUAUAGCAGGAGAUGCCCAUACUUUGGACUUCAUUGCUAACUUAACAAGUCUCAGAACAUUCUUCCUCAAAUCUGUUUUUACUCCUGUUCUUCCAACAAUGAAGCCUCUUUCAUCUUGCAUACGUCUAAAGAGUGUCUUCUUGUGGGGCACAAUUAAAGAUCCAUCAGAGUUGGGUCUUUUGCCCGAUUCACUCACACAUUUAACAUUACACACUAGCGAGUUCACAAAAGAUCCAAUGCCCACUUUGGGUAGUUUGCCAAAUCUUACUGCCCUUGAUCUGCUAAUGGAUGUGUACAUGGGGGAGAAAAUGGUGUGCAGUCAUGAUGCGUUUCCAAGUCUUCAAUUUUUAAGAUUAAGAUAUCUCUCAAAUUUGGAAGAAUGGCAAGUUGAGAAUGGAGCUCUAGCUUCUCUUCAAGGUUUACAAGUGGUUGAUUGUGAUAAGUUAAAGAUGCUUCCGCAGCAAGUACAAUGUGUUCCUCCAAUACCUCCUACGUUUAGAUUUUGGAUUAGGAAUUGAUAUUGGCAUCAACAUCUUAUUUGUUGGAUAAGAGGUUAUCAUGGAGACAUCAAUUAUGGUUUGGUGGGACUUAUUUCUUCACUGGUGUCAAUUCUACGCACAGGCUUCUACAGACAAAGCAUAGUAUUCAACCAAACUCUCCAGUAGAAAGUAAAGGCAUACAGUAUCCUGGUAGUUCCUUUUUUUUUUUUUUUUUUUUGUUAUGUUCAACAGCAUGAUUCUAAAUACCAGUGUUAAUAUGGAUCCAAUCCUCAUACCAUAAACUAUCUGAAAUAUGGAACUUUGUUUGGCA